UGAACACCUACCAGCCGUGUUUUCUUCACUGUUCUCUUCAAAGAUAUUCCUUCUCAAUUCUUCACACGCUCUCUGAAACCUCCAUAUAUAUAAAGCACCCAAGUCCUAUAUCCAAGGUAUAUAGCUUGACUUACACCUUUCAUUAUCCAUGAAGAUUCCCUUUAUCAAUUGUUUCUCUGCAUCAUCCAUUGAACAAACCAACAAUGAUAUUCAAGAGGAAGAAAAUAAUGAUGGAAGCUUUCGUUUAUUCACUUACAAUCAAUUGAAAUCUGCUACUGCUAAUUUUAGUGACAAGGUUGGAGAAGGUGGAUUUGGCUCUGUCUACAAGGGGAGGCUUAGUGACGGCUCUUUUGUGGCGUUGAAAGUGCUUUCCAUUGAGCUAGGAUCCAUGCGAGGAGAGAAGCAAUUUGUGGCAGAAUUGGCUACAAUGUCAAAUAUCAAGCACCAAAAUCUAGCCACCCUUCGAGGGUAUUGUGUAGAAGGAGCACACCGAUGCUUGGUCUAUGAUUACAUGGAGAACAACACCCUUCACCACGCUUUCUUAGGUUCAGAGGAGAGAAGGAUGAGAUUCAACUGGGAAGCAAGGAAGGAAAUAUCCAUAGGUGUGGCUAGGGGGCUUGCUUUUCUCCAUGAGGAGGUGAAGCCUCAUAUUGUUCAUAGAGACAUCAAAGCCAGAAAUAUUCUUCUUGAUAGGAAUUUCACACCAAAAGUUUCAGACUUUGGUUUGGCAAAGUUACUUAGAGAUGAAGCAUCUUACAUCAGUACUCGAGUUGCAGGGACAUUGGGUUAUCUAGCUCCAGAGUAUGCCAGUUCAGGACAGUUGACAAGAAAAUCAGAUGUAUAUAGCUUUGGGGUAUUACUUUUGCAAAUUGUCAGCGGCCAAGUUGUUGUAGAUGCCUAUCAAGACAAUGAAAGUUUCAUUGUAGAGAAGGUGUGGGCAGCUUAUGAAGACAACAAUCUAUUAAAACAAGUGGAUCCUGUGCUUAAUGUGAACGUUCAAGUGGAAGAGGCUGUAAAAUUCCUUAAAGUGGGGUUGCUUUGUGUGCAAGAAAAUGCCAAGCUUAGGCCAAGAAUGUCAGAGGUUGUUGAGAAGUUGACCAGCAACGUUGAUAUUAUAAAAGAUGUUUGCAUCACAAAACCAGGGCUUGUUGCUGAUCUGAGGAACAUUAGAAUAAGGGAACAAGUGACAUUGAGCUCGCCACAGGAAUCAAGUGAUGCUGGAGAAAGGUCCAUUUGGAGUACGGCUAGUCUUGCUCGUUAAUUAGAUUGAGCAUUAAGGGUGUAUUUGUAUUUUUGUUGGCAUAGAUUUCAAGUCGAUUUGAAUGUGUUUUUGACCAAUUCAUUACUCUUGUGUCAAACAAGUGAGUGUAAUUUUGGUUAAUUUGAAUAUAAAUGCAAACACACAUAAAUGUUUAGGAAUAGGAUCAUGACUAAUUGGUUUUGUACGACAUUGCUUGAUAAAUUUUGUUGAAAUGUUUAUAAUCCUUAUUUGUUCUU